UGUCCCGAUGUACAAUCUUGCUUGUGCCUAUAUUGUGUUCUCCUUUCCUUUAACCUCUCACCAUCUUUGCUAUUUUUAGCCAUUGUUGUAUAUGAGCCUCUCAAUUGCCUCUCCUCCCUCCUCCUUUCUUGCUCUCCCCGUCUCCAGCUUCUCUUCUCUCGUAUGGUAAUUAUUAUGUCACGAAAAGAUUGAUGCCAGUAGAUUGGAUUUUGGAGAAGGCGAAGGAGGAAGAGACAGGGGAGGCAGGAUGCUGCAGCGGGCGGCGAGCAAUGCGUAUUCAUGGUGGUGGGCAAGCCACAUCCGCACCAAACAAUCAAAAUGGCUCGACAACCACCUCCAAGAUAUGGAACACAGGGUUAAGUGCAUGCUCUUGCUCCUUGGAGAGGAAGCUGAUUCCUUUUCAAAGAGGGCAGAGAUGUACUACAAGAGGCGACCGGAGGUGAUCACUCAGGUGGAAGAAGUAUACCGGGCAUACAGGGCUCUGGCCGACCGUUAUGACAUCAUGUCGGGGGAGCUGCACAAAGCAAACCACACCAUUGCCACUGCCUUCCCUGACCAGGUUCAGUAUGCGAUGCUGGAAGAGGAGGAUGAUAACAUCCCAAAAGCGUUUAUGCCUGUCGAUCCACGCAAAAUCCACAAGUCGACCGUUGAUGGAUUGAUGAAGAAGAAGAAGAAAGGAGAACAUCCAGGACUGAUGGGUGGAGGAGCAAAAAGCAAUACCUCAGCUCCCAUCAAUAAGGAGAAUGCACGGGAGGAGAUCAGCAGACUACAGAAAGCUAUACUCGUCAUGCAGACUGAGAAAGAAUUUAUCAAAAGCUCCUAUGAGAGUGGCAUUGCCAAAUACUGGGAUCUUGAGAAGCAAAUAAAUGACAUGCAGGAACAGGUUUGCCACUUCCAAGAUAAGUUUGACGAAAGCGCGGUGAUUGAGGAUGAUGAAGCCAGAGCCUUGAUGACAGCAACUGCCCUUAAGUCUUGCGAAGACACUAUUGUCAAUCUCCAAGAACAGCGAAAGUCAUCCGCUGGCCAAGCAACGGGAGAGUCAGAAAGAGUCAAGGUUUUCAGAGAGAAGCUCAAGACUAUAAUGAACCAAAAUGGCAAAUCUCUACCGGAUCCUCUGGAAUUUCCUGACAAAAACACGCGGAAGAACCAUGUUGCUGAGAUGGAGGAUGUGUACCAUGUCAAAAAAGGUGAAAUAGAGAUGCAGACAGUAAUUGGCAAGAUCAAGGAACACUUCGAGAGGGACUGCAACAUCUCCAUGGCAGAAAUUACAGAGCAGAUUGAUGAACUUGUCAAUAAAGUUGUUGACUUGGAGCUUAUGGUUUCAUCACAGACCUCACAGAUAGAUAGACUCUGUCAGGAAAACAAUGAGUUGGAGAAUUCUCUGCAAAGCCUGGAGGAAGAGAAUAUAGCGCUGGCCAGUGGAUCAAGUGAAUUAAAUGAGAAGGUCGAGCAGGUAGAAGAGGAGCUAAUCAGAGUUCAGGCUCUUGAAAGCUCCUUCCACAGAGACGAAAGCACAAUCCGUUCAAGUUUCAUAGAAGCAAUAAGCAGAUUCAGUGAUAUAUCAGAGUUGCUGCAAUCACCGGUUUGUGAGCACCACACUGGUUCUGCAUCUGCACACAUGUCCCAUGAAGCACCACCAGUUGAUUCAACAGAGCCAUCAUCAAACGAGAACUGUGACAUGGAGGAGGGGCUUCACAUUACUGAACUCCAUGCUAACAACACUGAGUCAACGUCUGGUGACGUUUGGCCUGAUGAUCAUUGUGAUAAUGCAGAGGCAGCAGGGAUCAAUGAAUCUGUCGAUAGCACUAAAAGCAGCAGUUUCCACCAAUCAGACAUUGGGCAGGACAAAAGUUCACGUGAGAGGGGUUCAUUAGAACGGCUUUGUCACAUUUCUUCCGAUAACCUUGGAGGUUCCGAUGAACAAGAAGAGAUCAGCAAGGAAGGUUCAUCAUCUUCAGCUGAUGGCUUUACUGAAGAUAAGGAGAAGGUUCUCUUAGCCGAGUACACUUUGCUUCUUCGGGACUACAAGGACGCAAAGAGAAGGCUUACGGAGGUCGAGAAAAAAAAUCAGGAAUGCCUGCAUGAGAUCCAGUUAUUGCGUGAAGAACUUCUGAACUCUGCAGGAGACGGUGAGGGUUCAUGCAAUGGCCACCAGAGGAGCUCUCGCCGGGGGCACAGAAGGACCCCAAGCUAUUCGUUUGUCCAUCAGAGGAGACCAAGCGUUUCUUCCAUUUCCAGGUUGAUAAGGAUGAGUUCGACCAUCCAAGAAGGUGACCCAGGGAGUGACAAGUCAAAUCCAAAUCCAAAUCCGAGUGAUGCUGCUGCUGUUGAGCAAGGGUUUUUUAAUUUUAAUCCAGAGGACCUGAGACUGCCUGCUGUUGCCGAGGCAGAAAACACGUCUCCUCUUGAGGAGAAGUUCAGAAGAGACAUCGACACACUCUUGGAUGAGAACCUGGAGUUCUGGAUGAAAUUCAGCUCGUCCUUGCAGCGGGUACAGGAGUUCCAGAACAAGCACGAGAACCUGCAGUCCGCAAUGAGGAAGCUGCUGAAAAACAACGAGGACGGGCCGGAGAAGCAUCAUGACCCCUCUUCUGCCAAGGCAGCCGAGAAGCAGCUGAGGGCGCUCAAGACGGAGCUGCAGGUGUGGUCGGAACAGAACGCGAUGCUGCGAGGGGAGCUGCAGUGCAGGUUCACGUCGCUGUGCGACAUACAGGAGGAGAUCACAGCGGCGCUGGACAUGGACUCAGACGCACAGGUGGAGGGAGCUCAGUUCACUUCGUACCAGGCCGCUAAGUUCCAGGGGGAGGUCCUCAACAUGCAGCAGGAGAACAACAAAGUGUCGGACGAGCUGCAGGCGGGGCUGGAUCAUGUCAAAGGGCUCCAGGCGGAGGUCGAGCAGGCUCUGGCGAAGCUGCACCGGAGCGUCAGCCUGUCGCCGCAACCACCCGAGGAGGAGCAGGACGACGGCCAUGCCAACCUGGGGCGCGUGCCGUCCAAGUCCAAGGUGCCACUGCAGUCCUUCCUCUUCCCGGCAAAGAACAAGAAGCCAUCUUUGUUGGCCCGUGUCACUCCAGUGCUUCAGAAACAGCAAGUAGAGAUGAAGUUUCUUGCUAGGUUGCCAAGGUAGCAAGCAUAUAGUAUAUCAUAUAGCAGCUUCUGCGUGGAGGCCGACAAUUUUUGGUUUCACUUUGAACUGCUCCUAGCUACGAAUUUUCCCUUUUUAGGGCAAUGUAAUACCAAUGAUCGAGGUUAAUGGAGCUGGCGAGUCGUUCUUCUUGUUUAA